AUGUUUUAUUUUUACAGCUUUGAUGUAUAUACACAAUUAUAAAUCGUUUUGCAUUUUAUUUUUAUAAGUUUUUAUACUCGUUUGAGUAGUUCAAAGACGAUUAAAUUAAAUUAAAAAAACCAUAAAGUUAUACUGUAAAAUUUUGGAAAAUUAAAAUGGCUAUUGUAAACUGCGAAGUACGUUGGAAAAAAGAUAUGGAAAAACGAUCAGGUAUAUUUGAAGGAGUUCCAGUUUUAAUUAAAAACAUUGAUCCCGAGGUUGAUGAUAGACUUUUGAUUGAAAAAUUUUCUACAUUUGGACAAAUUUUAAAAAUGAAAACUUCUCCUGAUGUUCAUAAAAUGCGAACAGCAACCCUGUUUUACAUGUCACCAGCAGAUGCUCAACGGGCAAUAUCUAAUAUGAAUGGAGCACGGUUAUUAUCGAAAGUUAUUUGUGCAAAGUUGGAUAACCCAUUUAUCAGGCAUGAAAAAAAAUCUCAUGCAACAUAUAGAAACCUAUUUAUAAAAAGUUAGGACAUUUAUAACCAAAAA